AUGGUUACUUGUAAACUCUUUUUUGAACCAACAAACGACCCCAAUAGAUUGAAAGAACAAUUUAAAGUGAUAAAGGAUGAAUGCAUGCAAGAGCAUGUGCUUAAAUGUCAAGAAUGUAAUACUAUUGAAUAUAAUGGCUCACAUUACCCAUACAUUAUCAUGGAAAUAGGAAAACACACAUUGAAAGAAAAGAUUCAUUCUAUUCAUUCCAACAAGAUUUCGAAAUAUUACAAGCGAGAAUCUACAUCCAAGUUUCUUGAGAAAAUAGAUUUAAUUUGGAUUUUGAAUUGUUUCAUUGAUAUUCUUAAAGCGGUGACUGCUUUGCAUGGAAUGAACAUGCUACACAGAGAUUUGAAACCAGAGAAUAUUAUGCUCACACAAGAGGAAAAACCGAAAUUGAUUGAUUUGGAUGCUUCUAGAAACCUUCAAUAUCGACACAGCGUAACCGUGAAUGUUGGAACUUGGGAAUAUCUGGCACCUGAGGCUCAACAUGACCAAGUUUCAAGAAUCGAAAAUAACACCACAGUAUCGAAAUUUUGUGAUGUGUUCUCUUUGGGAUGCACGUUCAUGAAAAUGUUGACUAAUUGUUCAUUGAGACUUGAUGGAACAUAUUUAAAUUCACAAGAACAAGAUUUAUAUGAAAAUCAACACCAAACCACCAACAACACUGGUGAUAUGAAUUAUUUCUCAGAAUAUGGAGGAUCAUAUUUUUAUGUGGCUGUUGCAACUUCACAUGGAGAAUCCAAAUUACAUCAUGCACUUUACAAGGAAUUGGACAAACAUAUUGAUCCGUCAUGGAAAGUGAAUGACAUUCUUGGAAGGUGUUUGAUGACCAUGAUUCAGAAAGAUAUUGAAACUCGAAGAGAUUGUGUGAGAUAUAUUCCAAUUUUGCAAGCUGUGAAACAAUCACUUGAAAAAGGAAUUAAUAAUCCAGAUUUUUCCUCUCUUGAUUUGAGUUUAUUGAAAGAAUAUCAACCAUCAUUUAUUGAAAAGAUGAUGAAAGAGAACAAAAGGUUGAAACAAGACAAUGCCAAGUUGCUCCAAAUUAAGGACAAGUACGAGAAAUUACUGGCCUAUAUGGAAAAACACUCCAUUAAUUUCGAGUAA